UACACUCCCAACGCAAUGAUUCUGCUGUCACAAACCUGCUUUUAUACGUGGCCCUCUGAUUUGAUUUUAUCGUGGAAAUUCGAAUACAUAUACUCAGCAAUUAUGAACCUCAAACUCUUUGGAACUUUAUGUGCGCUAGUGCUUCUACAACUGCUGCGUGCCAGCGAAGCGUUCAUCGUCACUGUUGAUGCACACCUUGAGGAGUGUUUUCACGAGAAGGUGGAAGGCGGCACCAAAUUCGGCAUCACGUUCGAAGUUAUCGAAGGCGGCUUCCUCGAUAUUGAUAUCAAAAUAACUGGCCCGGAUAACAAUGUUAUACACGAGAGUGAGAAGGAAUCUUCCGGCAAAUAUACCUUCGCCGCUGUCUCGACAGGCGUCUAUCGUGUUUGCUUCAACAACGAGCGUAGCAGCAUGACACCAAAAUUGGUUAUGUUUUCGAUUGAAGUAAGCGAUUCGCCGCAUCGUCCGGCCGGUGCGCCUAGCGAAGAAGAGGUGGGUCACACCAAGUUGGAGGACAUGAUUCAGCAGCUGUCUGGUACGCUGACGGGCGUGAAGCAUGAGCAGGAAUACAUGCAUGUGCGUGACAAAAUCCAUCGCUCGAUUAACGAGAGCACCAACUCGCGCGUUGUCUUGUGGUCCACUUUCGAAGCGCUGGUACUAGUGCUGAUGACCAUCGGCCAAGUGUACUAUCUGAAACGCUUCUUCGAAGUAAAACGUGUUGUAUAAGAGGACCGUGAAUGAUAAAAGCGACAGUAGCAAAAGGCGCGGCACUUUGACAUUAAACAAAUGCUAUGGUUUAUUAUUCCUUUGUAAUUGCUAUUGUAAUUUAAGCGAAUCUUCUUCCGCGCAUAACGACUUCUCCACAAAUAGUUUAGGUAUAUGGCAUACAUUCAAUCUUCUCAUUUUAUACAUUUGUUAUAAACCAUAGAAAAUUAAAUUUAUCCACACUCUUAUUUGGUUAAAACAUGUAAUAUCGUAAUAUUUUUAGAGCAAAUAAACUUAAGUCCUUUAAA